GUCUUGUUGGUACCAGACUACAUGAGUUUUGGACACAUCAUCGCAUUUUCUUAGGGUAUAAAAGCGGGUCAUGUCGUUCGGCAGGGAAAGCUAUCCAGUGAAUUUGGAAUUGGUCUAGUACAUAUCAAAGUCUGUACAUUGCCAAAUCUUCGUUGUUAAGAUCUCAGAAUGACCAUUCCCCGGCUUCUUCCUACACUUCUUCGGGACUUUGACCGAGCCUUCUCAUCGCUAGAGGAACCUCUGUCACAAGCUCUCUUUGCACGUCCGUUGCGUGGUGCACAAGCAGCGAACGUAUAUCGCCCGGCUGUUGAUGUGUCUGAAACAAAGAAUGCGUACCUUAUCGAAGCAGAGCUACCAGGCGCCCGGCGUGAGGACAUUGAUUUAGAAUUCACGGACAGCAAUACCAUUGUCGUAAAGGGGAACAUUGGGCCAAAAGAAACUGCGCAGUCAUACACAGACGCAUCCUCAGCAACGUCGGAGGCCUCAGCUGUAACGACCAGCAACACUGAUGCGCACACCCCUACAACCAUCUCAGCGGAGAUCCCUACAUAUUGGACUCAGGAACGUACCCUCGGUUCUUUCCGAAGAUCGUUUACGUUUCCGACAGCGGUAGAUUCUGAGCGAGUACGAGCCGUCUUCAGAGACGGGGUUUUGUCAGUGCAUGUGCCAAAACCUGAACAGAAGGUGAACAAGAUCAGCAUCACAGCGGAGUAACCAGUUUAGUGCAUUAGUGUUGUUUUUAGUUUUUUUUGUUCUUUAUGUAAACUCUGUUGUCUACCUUACUAGCAUGGCUGUGUUUAUUAUAAAUAAAUCUGAAUGAAAGAUCAGUCAUCCGAGAUGGGCUGUUAAUCU